UUUUUUCCAAGUCAUGCAUGUGUAACGUUGUGCCACGAAUUUCACGCAAUAAUUACAUAAAUCAACUGAAAAUGUCAAAACCAACUACCCCACUGUUGAGAUAUUGUAAUAUUCUUAAUACACACCAAAUUUCACAGAGAUCGGUUGCUCCAGUACGGAGAUUUCGUGUGGAGAACAUUCGAUCGGCUUCACAAUCGCAAGGACGAGUAGUGUCCUGCCUCUGUCCUUCGGCCCGAGCUUAUGCAAGCUCAAGGACAACCACUGGGAUUACCAUUUAUACCCCUAUCAGGCGGACUUAUUCUUCUUUUGCUUCCUCCCGAUUUAAACUCGCCAAGGGUUUUGUCUCUAAACAGGAAAUAUUGAGAUCAAAAUUUGCUGGCAGUUCGCUAUGCCGUCUUUCACCACUCGCUGCACACUGGCACUGCAGCCAGCCUCACUUGUAUUCAAGUUCUAGCGGAUCAACCCAGGAUGGAGGUGACAGUGACUUUGCUGGAGCAAGUAGUAGUGGUGCCGAUGAUCCCAAAGACGGACAAGACGAUGAUGGUAGUGGCAGCGAUAGUGACGACGACGUGAUUCAUGAUGGCAUUCAUGACAUAAAUGACACUAUUGGAAACGCACCUCCGUUUCCGCCACCAUCGGGACCAGGAAUGACGACACUUUUGGCACCCGUGACAGUACCAGAUGUUUUCCCUAAAGUUCCUGUCCUGGCUGUUGCGCGGCAUCCAGUAUUUCCCCGCUUCAUCAAGUUGAUCGAGGUGUCCAAUAAGCAGCUCAUUGAACUCCUGAAGAGGAAGGUGAAAUUGAAUCAACCUUAUGCAGGAGUCUUUCUGAAGAAGGAUGAUAGCAAUGAAGAUGAGGUGGUUGAUAAGCUCGAUGAUUUGCACCGACUUGGCACCUUUGUCCAAAUACACGAACUGCAGGAUUUUGGUGAUAAAGUUCGGCUUAUUGUGAUGGGCCACAGGCGAAUUAAGAUAACUGGAUUGUUGCCUGAUGAAGAAGAGGAACCGAAAUUAAACCGCUCAAGAAAUAAUAGAGGCAGAGGAAAAAGAGAGAAAAAGAGACAUAACGUGUCUUUUUCAGGUAAGAAGGGACGAAGAAGAGGGAAGGGUGCUGACGCAGAGACUGGAGAAGAGGAAUUGAAAGAUCUAAAGGAGAAAGAGAGGAGUGAUGUCGUUGAUGAUCCACCAUUGGAGAAGGGCGAUAUUGCCACGGGCGAUCUCGAAAAAGGCCCGGUGAUCACCAAAGUCUUGAUGGCGGAAGUUGAAAACAUUCCCCACGACCCGUUUACGAAUACUGAAGAAGUCAAGGCUUUGACCGCUGAAGUCGUGAAGACAAUCAGAGACAUCAUAGCUCUUAAUCCGUUAUACCGGGAGUCUGUCGCACAGAUGAUUCAGGGCGGUCAGCGGGUGAUUGAUAAUCCGGUCUAUCUUAGCGACUUGGGUGCUGCAUUGACUGGAUCUGAGAGUAAAGACCUCCAAGAAGCCCUAGAGGAGACUAAUAUUCCAAAACGGUUGAUGCUUGCACUUUCUCUGCUAAAAAAAGAAUACGAACUUAGUAAACUCCAGCAAAAGAUUGGUAAAGAGGUUGAGGAGAAGGUGAAGCUACAAUACCGGCAAUACAUGUUGAAAGAACAACUCAAGAUGAUCAAGAAAGAGCUCGGAUUGGAGAAAGACGACAAAGACGCGAUCGGAGAGAAAUUCAAGGAGAGACUAAAGGAGCUGAAUGUUCCCGCCCACGUCAUGGAAGUUAUCGAUGAGGAACUCAAUAAACUUUCUUUUCUUGAUAACCAUUCAUCAGAAUUCAAUGUUACGCGGAAUUACCUCGACUGGUUGACCAAUAUGCCGUGGGGUAAAUACAGCGAAGAAAAUCUGUGCUUGAAACGAGCAAAAGAAGUGCUCGAAGAAGAUCAUUAUGGAAUGGAUGACGUGAAAAAUAGAAUCUUGGAAUUCAUUGCUGUCAGCCAACUGAAAGGAUCGACACAGGGCAAGAUCCUGUGCUUUUAUGGCCCCCCAGGCGUAGGAAAGACAAGUAUCGCGAAGUCCAUUGCAAGAGCAUUGAAUAGAGAGUAUUUCAGGUUUAGUGUCGGGGGUAUGACAGAUGUCUCAGAGAUCAAAGGCCAUAGGAGGACGUACGUUGGUGCUAUGCCAGGCAAAGUCAUUCAAUGUCUGAAGAAAACGAAAACGGAGAAUCCUCUUAUUCUGAUUGAUGAGGUUGAUAAAAUUGGUAAAGGAUACCAGGGAGAUCCCUCCUCUGCUCUUCUUGAACUUCUCGAUCCAGAACAAAAUGCUAAUUUCCUUGAUCAUUACUUGGACGUUCCUUUUGAUAUGUCAAAGGUUCUAUUUAUUUGCACUGCCAAUGUGAUUGACACCAUCCCUGAACCACUCAGGGACAGGAUGGAGAUGAUUGAUGUGUCGGGAUACGUCGCUGAAGAGAAAAUAGCCAUUGCUGAGCGCUACUUGAUCCCUCAAGCUGUGAAUAUGACUGGUGUGAAGACAGAUCAGCUACAGAUCCACACCGAUGCCCUUGGGCAGUUGAUCAAGUCCUACUGCAGAGAAAGCGGAGUGCGAAAUCUUCAAAAACAGAUAGAAAAGAUCUUCAGAAAAGCUGCCUAUAAAAUAGUCCAAAAAGAGGCUGAAGUCAUCGACGUCAAAAAUGAAAAUCUCCCAGACUUCGUUGGCAAGCCCAUUUUUACAAGUGACAGGAUGUAUGAGGUGACUCCCCCUGGUGUUGUGAUGGGCCUAGCUUGGACCUCCAUGGGUGGCUCUGCUUUAUACAUUGAAACAACCAAAAGGCAGACAUACGAUAAAACAAAGAAGGACCCAAGCACAGGAUCAAUGGAGUUGACUGGGAACCUUGGCACGGUCAUGAAAGAGAGUGCACAAAUAGCCUACACCUUCGCCAAGGCAUUCCUCAUGGAGAAAAACAUUGAUAAUGAGUUCCUUCAACAUGGCCAUGUUCAUCUUCAUGUACCAGAGGGAGCUACCCCUAAGGAUGGACCAAGUGCUGGCUGCACCAUUGUGACAGCUCUGCUCUCAUUGGCUUUGGGUCGUCCAAUCAGACAGAACGUGGCAAUGACCGGUGAGGUGUCGCUGACAGGGAAGGUACUGCCCGUCGGGGGAAUCAAGGAGAAAACUAUUGCCGCAAAGCGUGUUGGUGUGACUUGCAUAAUCCUGCCUAGUGAAAACAAGAAGGACUAUUCUGAUCUGCCCGAUUUUAUCACAGAAGGUCUCGAGGUGCAUUUUGUUGAACAUUACAGGGAGAUUUAUGACAUUGUCUUAACCGAAUCAUGACCAAGCGAUUGAACAACUUUUUAAACUUAAGUAAACUUUAGACACUGAAGCAAUCAUGUUGCGUUGAUCCUGUUAAGUGGUGGUGUGAGUAUGUAAUGAAAGGUGACUUGGGGGUGGUGCAUGCAAAGCUGUUUUCAGGUGAGGCUGAUGGUAGGUGAGUUUAGGAUGUGAUUUGAAAGCUUUCUGAUGUAUACAUGUAAGCUUACCUGUUUAACAUGUUGUAGAAACCAUCUAUCUGUAGCAGUUGUGAAGUGUAUACAUUUUUUGAAUGGAUUUCAGGUGUAAGGUGGUUGACUGAUUGCGACUUUCAUUAUAAGAAUAAACAUGAUAAAGCAAUUGGGGGAUGUUGAUCAGUAUGUACGGACAAUUUUCUGAUGUUUCAUUACCCUUCUCCCCCUUGAAUCAUAGGCAUGCAUAUGCUCGACAACAGAUCUGCAGCUCCUCUGUACACAUGAUUGUCAGUCGAGACUGGUGUUGGUAGGCACUGGCAAAGUUGAUGUCUUUAUACUGCAUAGUAAAA